CAGGCACGGGGAAUCUGGGGACAGAUAAAGGAAACUCGUGAUGGGGCGAGGCUGGGUUGAAGAGAAACAGAUUGGGGAAGCUCUGCAAAGGGAGAGGUCCACGGAAAGGGGAGGGGGCCGGGGAGGGAAAGAGUGGGAAGGCAAAGUGAGAUGGGAGGGCAAUGAGAGAAGAGAAGCAGGCUGGGGAAAGGGGCUGGAAUGCAGAAGGAACUUGGGGAAGGAGGAAGGAUUGAAGGCGGGAGGGGAAGAAGAGAGGGAAAUGGGGAUGCAGUGGAGGCGAGGGCUAGGCCGCGAGGGCGAAGAGAAUCCGAGAAGCAGUCGAAGAAGGAAAGAAGCGGCUAAAGCCAGCGUCAGAAGAGGUGGGGGACUGCGCGAAGGGAGGCCGGGGCCUGCAGGAGAGCGCAGCAGCUUUUAGCAUCCAUCCAGACGCUAAAGACUCGUGGCCUUUGCCUGACCUCGAGGGUCGGGAACAGACGUCCUGUCUUUGUGGAGAGCGGUGCCUCACCGAGAGAAUGGGGCUGUUCAGAGCUGGGCCCUGCGCCUGGCUCGCGGAGAGGCUUCCCUGGCCCUGGGCUGGCCCUGAGGGGAGCGAACAGCCGGCAGGGAGCCUGGGGCCGAGGAAGGAAGGUACCACCGCCCGGAGCUUGCGCGCGGUCCGCUGCAGAGGCGCCUGCUCCGAGCUGUCUCUUGGGGGCGCCGCCGCCACUUCCCUCGUCCCGGGCCGCACGCUGCCAGGAAAGUGGAGGCGGCUGGCGAGAACAGAGAGCCCGCGCGGCGCUGCGGAGGGACGAGGCUUCGGGAAAUGCUAGGGGCACUCGGCGCUGCGGAUGCUCCAGGCUUCCUCGCCGCCGGGUGGCCUUGCCCGCCCUCCCUGCCCAGCGCUCAGCGCCCGCUCUGCGCGCCCCGCCCGGCAACCCCGCGCGCGUCCCGCAGGGGCGCUGCAUCUCCCGCCACACCGGCACACCACGGCCCCUCUCCCCCACACCUCCUGCCCGCACCACCGGGCCUCUCCUCCCACCCUCCGCUUCCCUCCCUCCCUCCGCUCUCCUCUCCUCCCCUCCCGACGAGGGGCGGGAGGGGGCGUGGCGGGCCCGGGGUUUGUGUGGCUGGGACCCGGCUCCUCGCACUCCGAGUCCGCUCGAGGAGCCGGGCCCCGGACGCUGUCCAGCCGCUCUGUGCCCAGCGCGCCCUGCGCCGCCGCCUUCGGGGAGACGCUGCCACCCGCUCGCCAUGGAUACUCCUAGGGUCUUGCUUUCGGCCGUCUUCCUCAUCAGUUUCCUGUGGGAUUUGCCAGGUUUUCAGCAGGCUUCCAUCCCAUCCUCCUCGUCGUCCGCGGAGCUGGGCUCAGCCAAGCGAAUGCGAAGCCGCAAGGAAGGGAAGAUGCCGCAGGCGCCGCGGGAGAGUCCCACGGCCCGGGCGUCCCUGGAGCGCCAGGAGCCGCAGCCGCGGCCGCAGGACGAGCUCCGGCACCGGCAGCAGCCGCAGCCCCAGCCCCAAGAACAGGAGCUUCCGGGCAGGGGCCCGCGCGUGGUGCCCCACGAGUACAUGCUGUCAAUCUACAGGACUUACUCCAUCGCUGAGAAGCUGGGCAUCAAUGCCAGCUUUUUCCAGUCUUCCAAGUCGGCUAAUACGAUCACGAGCUUUGUAGACAGGGGACUAGACGAUCUCUCUCACACUCCUCUCCGGAGACAGACGUAUUUGUUUGAUGUGUCCACACUCUCAGACAAAGAAGAGCUGGUGGGCGCAGAGCUGCGGCUCUUUCGCCAGGCGCCCAACGCGCCUUGGGGGCCGCCGGCCGGGCCGCUCCACGUGCAGCUCUUCCCCUGCCUGUCGCCUCUGCUGCUGGACGCGCGGGCGCUGGACCCGCAGGGGGCGCCCCGGGACGGCUGGGAAGUCUUCGACGUGUGGCAGGGUCUGCACUACCAGCCCUGGAAGCAGCUGUGCUUGGAGCUGCGGGCGGCCUGGGGCGAGCCCGGGACCUGGGAGGCCGCGGCGAGCGAGCCAGGGCCCCAGCAGCCACCGCCCCCCGACCUGCGGAGUCUGGGCUUCGGCCGGAGGGUGCGGCCUCCCCAGGAGCGCGCCCUGCUCGUCGUGUUUACCAGAUCCCAGCGCAAGAACCUGUUCGCCGAGAUGCGCGAGGUGCUGGGCUCGGCUGAGGCCACAGGCCCAGGAGCCGAGGGAUCGUGGCCGCCGCCGUCGGGCGCCCCGGACGCCGGACCUUGGCUGCCCUCGCCAGGCCGGCGGCGGCGGCGCACGGCCUUUGCCAGUCGCCACGGCAAGCGGCAUGGCAAGAAGUCGAGGCUGCGCUGCAGCAAGAAGCCCCUGCACGUGAACUUCAAGGAGCUGGGCUGGGAUGACUGGAUUAUCGCGCCCCUGGAGUACGAGGCCUACCACUGCGAAGGCGUGUGCGACUUCCCGCUGCGCUCGCACCUGGAGCCCACCAACCACGCCAUCAUCCAGACGCUGAUGAACUCCAUGGAUCCCGGCUCUACGCCGCCCAGCUGCUGCGUGCCUACCAAAUUGACUCCCAUCAGCAUCCUGUACAUCGACGCGGGCAAUAACGUGGUCUACAAGCAGUACGAGGACAUGGUGGUGGAGUCCUGCGGCUGCAGGUAGCGGCGCCGUUCCUGCCGCCUUGGUGGGUCCUUAGGGGAGGCCUGACUGCAGAGAGGUGGAGGAGGAGCUGGCCUUGGAGGAGGCAGAGGGUGGGGGAACAGCCUGGACGUGCAGCCCGGUGGGAGAGGAGGGAGUUCAGCCUUCCCAGAACCUUCCACCUUCCAGCUCAGAAGGAGAUACGGAUUUUCACACCUUACCUGGCCAUGCUGGAAAAACAUGCCAAGGAGGAUUUCUUUAGUUUUUAUUAUAGUGGCUUUGGAUUUCCUUGUGUGUCUCACAGGUUUUGACAGGAGAUUGAGGGAGUCACAUACCUGUUAAUCUUAACUGCUCCAUGUAUUGAAUAACCAAUAGUUUAAGAAGAGGUCCUGUGUGGGAGGAAGAACCACCUUUGACCCAUUUCUUGCUUUGUUUUUCACCAGUGUAAAGAAGAUGGGGUCUUUCUGCCCAUGUCAUAGCCCAUGCCUUCUGACCUCCCAAGGAGAAAGUGUUAAAAUAGAGGAAGUGGCACAGAGAAUAGGGAAGCCAGGGAGGGCCCUGCUUUUAGAAGAGCUUUAAAAGAGGUGGGCCCAAGUGGGCCUUUCUGCUUCUUGUAUACCCAGCUCUGCCCUCGUUUCUCCCAGCGUACAAAACUGGCAACUGGCAUCUCCCUCCAGGGGGCUGAGGUCACUGCCUUUACUGUAGCUUUUUCUGGUGGGGAAAGGGGAGCUGGUAUGGGUGGAAUGACAAGAAUGGGUCUGAAUGGAAUCCCCUGAAGGACAGUGAGAAGCCACAAGGCCUCUGACAGGGCUGAUGCUGAGUGCAUUACAGGCAAGAGGUAAUCCAGGAAAAGCCCUUUGCCAUGUCUGUUUCUAAUUGAUUUUUUUUGGACAGAAAUUGCCAAAAUUCAGACAUCCCUUUUAAAGGGGAAGGUGAUUUCCCAGUUAACAACAACAAAAAAAAUGGGUAUGGAUGGGAAACUGUAACUAAGGGAAGAGGUGCAGAGGAGGGGAAAGUGGCCCAAGAAGAAGGUAAAGUCAGGAGGAGAGGUGGUGGGCCCCACAGAAGGAUGGGGAUAAAGGGCAGGCCAGGAGCAGGGAGAGAAGGAUGAAAGGGGACACAGUCCCUGCCUCUGAAGUUUCUUUAAAAUCUGUGUUCCCUGCCCUCUCUCUGACAUUCCUGAAAGAUUACCAGCCAGCAAUAGCCCAAGACUCCCCCAAAAGAAUUUUUGCAGAUUGUAAUUACCAGAUAGGCAAUGUUUUUAAAACUUAGUAAUGAGAAACUGUGAAAAGAGCAAAGUGUUAGAUUGAGCUCCCCUGGGAGGUGGGGAAUGGACAGUGAGGAAGGAGGCAGAGGCAGAACUCAUUUUCCAGAAGGAAGCAGGAGAGAGCACAGCACAAUUUAAUACCCAUUCCCAGAUUGGCACAAACGAACAUUCCCCUUGACUGCGCCAGUGUUAUUUUCAAACAUUGUCCUUGAGUAUCAGGUCCUCAGAAGGGUUAGCUUCCUUCUCCUCUUUGACCAUGAAAUGGUGUCAACAAGUUAACUUGUACGGAUCAUUAAAAAAAGUUUUUGUUUUUCCUACAUGGUUUUGCUCUCCCCAUCUAAACCUGUUAUUUGUUUGGUUCAGAGAACUACAAACUGUCCAAGAAAGAGUGAGAAUGAUAAUAAAUGCUAAUAUAAAAUGCUAAGUAAAAAAAAAAAAAAGAAAGACUUGGCCAGGAGAAAUAAUUUAAAUGCACAUUUGCUUUGGAUGCACUGUUGUUCUGUUAAGGCUGUAUAUAUUUGUUUAUUUAAGGUGACUGAAAGUGCAAAGAGGAAAUGGACAGCAUGCAAUUCAUCUUAGUGUACAAAACGUUAUAUGCACUCAAAUGUUAUAAUUUCUAAUAUUUUUAAAGUUUAUAUUCGAGUUGUACAAAGUUAAGCAUUAAUCAGAUAUUUCAUUCUUUCAUAAUGUUAUCAUUUUCUUAAAUAUUAUAACAAAAUUUUAAGUCUGUCUAAUGGAGAGUUUUUUUUAACUGUCUACCUCACUAUAAUACAAGUAUUUACAACACUAAAAUUAUGAGAAGUGAAUUAAUAUUCAAAACAUUUUUUACAGUAAC